AAGUUUCCCAUUGCCUGAUUUGACGUCGAGUUAGAUUCAGGUGUUUCAUUCAAGUGUCCAAAUACCUCAUUUUUUUAGAGUCAUCAGCAGACUUGGUGGAAAUAUCCAAUUGAUAGUUGACAAUUUGUGUCAGUUUUCGUUUGGAAAUUGAAGUGUGAACAAACCAGUUGAAACAAUUUUAUACUCAAAUAUGCAGCGUAACACGUUUUUUGCCGUAUUUUGCGCACUUAGCGUGGGGAUGAAUGCAUUUGUCGCAGGUGUCCCUCCUCGGCCGAGGCCACGAUUAUCCUGGGCAGAAAUUAAGCAGCUUGCGCCCAAGAAUGCCAAUCAACAGGCUAUUUUUGAGGUGGAGCCUUUCCAAAUCACGAAUGAGGAAAUUGCCCCUCGAGAUUACUUUGCAGACUUGAUUUGGUAUCUUUUGGGCUUAACUGUCGGAGCGUUUUUGGAGUUCAUCAAUUAUAGCUUGAUGCAAACUAAGAAUACCAUAAACGCCGGAAAGACUCGCAUAGAAGACGCCAUGGACGACGUGGAUGCAGGCGUCAAGGCCGAGUUGGCAAAUAUUGUUGAUAACGCGUUGAAACAAGCGGUCGAUCUUAUUGGCGAACUCAUUUACAAAUUGGGUCGUGUCCUCCCCAGCCUGACAUCCACGCCAAUGGCUCAUGCCCCAACAAGAGUGGACCCUAAUGACAUUAUCUUGGCAAUCUUGGGAAUGACAUUGGAAGAAUUUUUGAGAGAAUUAACUGAUCUGAUUGAACGAAGUGACACCCUUCUCAUCAAUACGAUCAAUUCUCUGAACGACAUUGCUGGUCGAGUAAAUCCCACCGUUGCUGCAAUGUUGAGGACCACAGUGACAGAUAUGACUCGGGCCAGGGAUUUUAUUCGACCCGUAUUAAAUAACUUGUGGGAGGUCUUGCCCGACGCCAUCACCGCACAGAAGAACUGAUGAGAUGCCAUUUGACAAAGCUUGCACCAUGCGAUUUAGCCUGAAUUUAUUCGUAUUAUUUUCUUGAAAUAAAACUUAUCAGCAUCCAUUGAACUGGAUUAAAUUCGUCAUUUACUCAUGCCCUCUAAUGUUUAAGAAAUAUAUGUAAUUAAUUAAUGCGGGUUUAAUAUUUUAUCAUAAAAUCAUAAAAUAUCUAAAAUCGAAGUAAAUGUGUAUGCAAAAAUA